UGCUCUCUGAUCGUGUCGGUAUUUUAUGGCUCCACAGCAGCAUUUGCUUUUUUUUCCAUUCUUGUUGGUUACACUGUUAGAAAAGAUUUUGUGUUGAUUUUGAUUUUGUUUUUGUGGCAUUGUUUCUUUGAACACUGAUUUAGUAUUCUCCCUGCCUUAUUUUUGCACUUCAUUAUGUGCAUAUCAACUCCGUCACCUUGUUAUCGGUGAUUGUUUUUGUUGAGUUUUAUAGUGCAAUUCCAAUCUGUGUUGGUUUAUAUUUUUCAUUUGACUCCUUCCAUGUUUCUUCCGUGCGCAUUCCCCUUAUUCUAUCACACCCUUGUAAGUACAAUAGGUGCUUAUUAUAUAUUCAAAAAAUAAAAAAAAACAUUACUUAAAUUAUUCCUCGUCUGCAUAAUUUUCAUUCAGCUUGUACAGGCUUUCAGGCAUCCUCUCUGUUUAUUCCAGUGAAGUUAUUGCUUUGUUUUACUGUUAUGCUGAGAGUCUUUAAAAUAUGUUGAUGUAUUCCUUCUUCUUCCUUCUUAUGUAACUUCAAUUUAUUUUAUCUGCUAGACUAUGGAUCAACUCCUUAAACGGAUUGAAUCUCUGGAGGGUCAGUCCAAAAGGGAUUUUGAUUCCCAACUGGCGAGGCUGUCAGCCUAUGGGUUGCGAAGUGCAGUGGACUUUGAUAAGUACACUGCUUUGUCUAUGGCUGAAAGUGUUGCUCAAAAGGCCCACCACUUGUCACACGAGACGGCUUUGUUCCUAGACGCAGCACUUCAAGGCCCCUGCCUGCGCCUUCAAGCAUCAACUGAGAACUUUCAAGCAUACUUUUCGGCACUUUUCUCGGAUAAAGAUUACACGAAGGUGUUGGACAGCUUGGCUAAGGUCGACAAAGCCUAUAAGAAGGUGGCCCCUGCACCCUCCCAAGCCCCCACCCAGCCUGUGCGCUUCACUUCUCCCCCUAACUGGUUGAGAUGUUUUUCUUGUGGCAUCCUUGGGCACACGGCAGCUAAUUGUUUCAGGAGACAACAGCGGGCACGAUAUGCCCCUUAUUUUAAACCUUUUGGUCGUGGGCACAAUAAUUGAUGGCCUCUGUUAUUGGAGUAAUAAAGAUCUCAUGCUUGUCACUCUUUUGUUUUACUUCUUCGCUCCCUCCGCUCUAGGAAUGGCAGUUUUGGAAGGGGAGUCUUAUUCCCUCUCGGAUUACCAGGGCUCCAUGCUGCCAUUCCCAGAGUCCUGUCAGGUCUACCCUUUAGCGUCCUCAUAUCCCCUCUUUCUUUUUUGUUUUUCUCCUUUAGCCUCUUUUAAAGCGCCUUCGUGUUAGUUGUUAUUCCU